AUGGCGUUGGUUCUUCUGCGAGGAACACAGGGAAGAGAGGUUAGAGACCAGAGGCAAGAAGAACGGGAGGAAGCAGGGUGCGAGGAGGCCCGGCCUGGAUCUGGCGGCGCACAGGGAGGUCCUAUAGGCGCUGUUGCUCAUCACCGGCGGGGACGGCUGGCUCCAAGGAAGACCCGAGAGGGAGGGGAUCCAGACGCGGUUCCUACCGAUCCAAAAAGUGAGGGAGGCUGCGAACGGUUGGGUGGAUCGAUGGAUCGAGGGGAGAUGGAGAGCGGUGGCUACCGCGGCGUGUACCUCUACAAGAGGUCGUUGGUUCGAUCCCUAGAGCGACUAUUUUUGCGGUUUUUUAAUCUGGCGAAGCGAAACCACUCAAAUGGGCCGGCCCAGGAUUCCAAGUUUACGCAGCAGGAGCUCCCAGCUUGCAAGCCAAUCCUUACUCCAAAAUGGGUCAUUUCGGUGUUUCUUCUUGUCGGUGUCAUUUUUGUCCCGAUAGGUGUUGCUUCGUUGCUAGCUUCAAAUAAGGUCGUUGAGAUUGUUGAUCGAUACGAUGAUGCGUGCGUCCCGUCUAAUGUUACUGACAAGCUUGCCUACAUCCAGAACUCAACGAUAUCUAAAACCUGCCAAAGGACACUCAAGGUCCCGAAGGAUAUGAAGCAGCCAAUUUUUGUGUAUUAUCAGUUGAAUAACUUCUACCAGAAUCAUAGGAGAUAUGUUAAGAGCCGGAAUGACCAACAGCUAAGAGAUGCUAGUAAGGCAAACGAGACCACGCUUUGUGACCCUGAGAAGACCAGAGAUGGAAUGGCUAUUGUUCCAUGUGGUCUGAUUGCAUGGAGCACAUUCAAUGAUACAUAUACCUUCCAACACAACACUAACAACAUAUCAAUCGACAAGACAGACAUCUCUUGGAAGAGUGACAGGGACCACAAAUUUGGAAGUGAUGUCUUCCCAAAAAACUUCCAGAAAGGUCCUCUUAUAGGUGGAAAAACACUCAACGAAUCUAUACCGCUGAGUGAGCAAGAGGACCUUAUUGUUUGGAUGCGAACUGCCGCGCUUCCUACAUUCAGAAAACUGUAUGGUAGGAUACGUGUUGACCUCAAAGAAAAUGACACCAUUACUGUUACGCUGGACAACAAUUACAACACAUAUAGCUUUGAUGGCAAAAAGAGUUUGGUGCUUUCUACUUCAACUUGGCUUGGUGGAAAGAAUGAUUUUCUUGGUCUUGCAUAUCUCACUGUUGGUGGACUCUGCUUCUUCCUGGCAUUUGCAUUCACCUUACUCUACUUGAUAAAACCAAGAAAAUUGGGAGAUAACAACUACUUGUCAUGGAACAGAAACUCUGCAGGCCACUGA